AUGUCCAAGCGUUCGAAUCCCCGGCGGACCAAGCAUCCAGCAGCAUCCAGCAAACUUUACAGCAGCAUCAGUAGCUUCCAGUUAUCAUAUCCAGAAUCAUCCAGCAUCAGUCGAGCAUCACCCCAACAGCAUCCAGCAUCACCUGACAUACCCCCUGCAUCUCCCAGCAUCCCCCAAACAACCCCCAGAAGCAUUGAACAUCUCCUAGCAGCAAUGAACAUCCCACAAUAUUUCCCAGUAGCAUUAAAUAUACCCCAGACAUCCCCAGAAGCAUCGGACCAUCCCCCAACAUCCCCCCAGCAUCCCUUAGCAGCAUCGAACAUCCCCAAGCAUCUCCCAGCAGGCAACAGCAUCCAGCAUCACCCAAAGCAUCCCCUAACAUCACCCAGCAUCUCCAGCAGCAUCAAACACCCCCAGCAUCCCCAGCCAGCAUCGAUCAUGCCCCCCACAUCCCCACAUCCCCAGCAGCAUCCAGCAUUAUCCAAGCAUCCGCCUAACAUCCCCCAGCAUCAUCAGCAUCCCCCAGCAGCAUCGAGCAUCCCCCAGCAUCCCUUAGCAGGCACGAACAUCGAAGCAUCCCCAGCAUCUCCAGCAGCAUCGAGCAUCCCCACCAUAGCAUCUCCCAGCAGCAUCGAACAUCACCCAACAUCCCCCAGCAGCAUCGAGCAUUCCCCUAACAUCUCCCAGCAUCUCCAGCAGCAUCGAUCAUCCAACAUCCCCCAGCAUCGCCCAACAGCAUCCAGCAUCACCCAAGCAUCCCCUAACAUCCCCUAG